CUAACUGAAAAGACACAACUGGCCCUCCCCUUCUCCCUUGUCCCUUCUCUCUUUUUUAAUGACACCCGAAUCUAAGAAAGGAAAGAAACCUAGAGACACAAAGAAUGGAAGCCUUGGCUUCGUUGAGAACGAGUGUUAGAGAGGGAAACCACAAGAAGUGCACGACUGCCCGGCGCCGCGUAAACGAUGUCGUCUUCGAUGGGGAAACUGAGGAGAAAGAGAUCCCAGACGGUCUUGGAAACCCCGAGGACGUUGUUGUUAUGGAUGGCGAAGGCGAAAAAGAGGCCAAAACUGAAGAUUUAGCCGGGGAAGGGGAGACAGAGACGGAGUAUUCCAGAGAGGUAGGACCUCCUCUUGACGAUUGUUGCCCUAUCUGCUUCAGCUCCUUCACCGUCCCUUGCCGAUCCAACUGCAACCACUGGUUUUGCGGCAGUUGCAUUUUGCAGUUUUGGAACUAUAGUGCCAUUUCUAAGCCUUGCAGGUGUCCCAUGUGUUCUUCCAACAUCAUCAAGUUGACUCCAGAAGCUUCAUUAUUUAACGAGCAAGAACUGGAGGUUUCUGAGGUUAUUGAUCGUGUUCAGAGAUAUAACAGUCUGUUUGUAGGAGGUGUGCGGGGGGCUUUCCGGAAAGUGCUCGAGUUUCCAUUGUUCUUCAGGAGAACGUUGCGAGAAAUAACAGAUCCUGACAGACCUCAUUACCACCUUAAUGAAGUUCGCAUUUUUGCAAUGGUACUUGGUGCCUUCUAUGCAGCAACCCCUUUUGAGUUCAUCCCUACAGGGCGUCUGGGAAUUGUGAGAUUGUUCGAUUAUGUUGCCAUUAUGCUGGUAUUCGUCCUGCGUUUGGUUGGCAUCUACCGCAGACGACGACUAGCCCAGAACGUUAGGCAAUUGGCUGCUGCACAACCUUUAGGUGAUUGAACUGUCAAUUGACUUGUUAUAUCUAUUCAGAAGUUGAGGAUAACUACUGGAAUGUUGUGAGCAUGGGUGAGGAUGAUUAGGUUAGGUUGUACAUAUCAGAGAGUUCGCACUAGUUGACAACAUUUGAUUGAGAGCCUGUAAUAUAGAAGUUCAUAUGAAAAGUUGCUAUACAACUUCAAUGAUGUAAAAAGGCAUUUGCUUGAAGCGAUCCGCUUGUGCCCCGGCUUCAGCAUCAAUAUACAGCAAGACUGCCGGAACGUUGUGUAAAUUUCUGUUUUCGUUCUAUUGGAAAUGUCGCCUGGAUUUUUUAGUGUG